UUAUCCAAUCAAGGAUUGUCAGAAACACAUGGCAAGCAAUUUACAAUUUGUUUUUUUUUGUUGAGGCGCACCAUGGCAGCUCGUUCAAGCUACAAUGAGGAGAGGAACCUCCUUCGCAUCCAAGAGCGGGAGCGGCGGAAUCAGGGAACCUUCCAGGAGAAGGAGUUCUACCAGGAGACCGUUCCCCUAUUCGGGGAACCCUAUAAGACGAACAAAGGAGAUGAGCUGUCUAGCCGUAUCCAGAGGAUGCUGGGUAGUUAUGAGGAUGUGAACAAUCCCAACACUCAGUGUUUGGACAGCAGCUUCUCUAAGGACCCUCAAUCUCAUGUCACCACAAAGUAUGGCGGCCAUCUCGCAGCCGAGACCGAGCGAAGCCUCCAUUCCAGAACCCUCCUCAGUACGGGGCAAGCCAGAGCCAGAGUAGUGGUCCGCCCCCGUAGUAACCACUCUGGCCAGCCUCUGAAGAAGAUCCACGGUCCUUCCUCCUCCUACACCCAGUCCUCCCUGAGUCUCAGCCAGGGCCAGGCCUGCCCAGACCCACACCAGAGAAAGACUGAGCUCUGGCCAGACCUGAGGGAGUGCCAGUCUUCCUCCAGUCCUCUCCGCCUGUCCCCCCCCCAGCCGAUCCCCUAUCCCCCCUACAUUCCAGUGACCCCAGCGACUCUGAACACCAGGACUCCCCACUGCACCCUGAGAGGCUCCCGCCUCUCCCCACACCCUGACUCACACUUCCCCAUGGUGUCCCCCCUGGAUGACCCCCAGAGAGCAUCCCACCUCCGGCCAUCGAUGGAGCAACCCUACCCUCUCAGACCUUCCUCCACCCCUGGCCUCCAAACCCAACCUGAAGACUUCCAUGGGCAGUCUUAUCAUGAACCCUUACCAGACUUGAAAAGCACCAAGCCCAGCCUUUCCAAACUGAAGAUACCAUCACAGUCUAUAGAGACGCUGUCACAUGAAGCUGACUGUGUGGAAGACAUUCUGAGGGAAAUGACCCACUCCUGGCCUCCUCUCCUGACUGCCAUUCAGACGCCCAGCACAGUUGAGCCCUCCAAGUUCUCCUUCCCAGUCAAGGAAGCACAGCAUGUCCCACCUGCGUCUCCAGGACAAA